GUUUUCUAUCAAUGUCAGGAGCCUAAGCCUAGACCUGUAGCACUCAAGUUUUAUACCAUUCAUCCUCCAUCGUUAUUAUUAUUAUUAUUAUUAUUAUUAUUAUUAUUAUUAUUAUUAUUAUUAUUAUUAUAUCUCUUCGUCUCUUAUAACACUAUAACUUGACAAUUCACAAAACCACCCACUAAACCAAAGGGUCAUCAUCAUCAUCAUUAAACAUGGGUGGCAGUGUUAGCAAGAGUAGGAGGAUGAGUUCUGAGAAAUAUGUGAUGAAUUUGAAGGAGAAAGUGAGGCUCUUGCAAGAGGAGAUAAAGGAGAUGAUGUAUGAGAGGGAGAAGGAGACAAGGAGAUAUGAGAGGGACAUAAUGGUGUUCACAUUCAAGGAGGCAGAUUCGAAGCAAGAGGGGAAGAGGCUGAGAGAGGAAGUGAAGCAAUUGAGGAGUUUGGUGGAAGAGAAAGAUGAGAAGAUAAGAGAGAUUGAGGUUGGAAUGAUGGAGAAGAACAGUGAGAAAGAGUGGGAAUUGAUGGGAACUAAGCUCUUGGUUGAGCAGAUGAAGGAGGAGAGAGCAAGGAGAGAUGAAGCUGUGGAGAAGUGGAAGCAACUUUAUCUUGCAAUUAAGACUGAGCUAGAUGAACUCAUUCAAAGAACAUAUGAUGGGGAUGGUCUGUAUUGGAAAGCAGAGGAAAAUGGCAUCCAAAUGGAAAAUCUGAAGAAGGAGUUGCAAGAAAAGGAAGAAACCAUCAAGGCCUUAAAAACUCAAUUGCUUUCAAUGGAGAAAGAAAAGUACAAAAAGGAGAGGGAGUUUGACUUGUUAAGGCAAAGCCUGAGGAUCAUGAAUGGCAAGAAGAAUUCAAUUCAAACGAAAGAGAAGCUCUUGAAAAGCAAAUUGGGAAAAUGAAAUGCACAAAAACUAGUUUUCAUAUCCAAAAUUGAACAAUGUGGUUGAAUAUGUAUUAUUGUAUACUGGGAUGGUUUGUAUCUUUCAACAGCACAUAUUUUCCUUUUACUUUUUCCCCCUCCUUUUUCUUCAGAAAAAAUAAGCAAGCCAAUACUUCCAGAGGAAAAAAAAACUCUUCUUGAACCUUGAAAAAAAAAAACAGAACAUGGAGGAAGAUUAGCAAUUUUUCCUUGUGGACUAGCUUAGUUAUUGAGUAUGCCAGGUCAGGUCUAAGGACUGGUGAAGGAAAUUAAGAUAGAAAAAAAUUGUUUUACUUUUGCUUUCAUUAUUUAGAUUCAAACAAAGUUCGUUUCUAAAA